GCGGCUUAUGGGAUUGCGAGAUCAUGAUGAUGAUGAGUAUGGGGAAUCAGUUCCCUCUCGAUGCCGCCUCCCAAUUCCUUCAGCCCUCCGAGACAGAGCACCGGCGGGCCGCCACGGAGUCCGGCCGGGAAGACGACGACUACGAGGAUGAGGAAGAUGUGGCUGAGGAGGAGGAGGAGGAGGAGAGUUUGGGCGCGGUGAAGGAGAUGAUGUACCGGAUGGCGGCGAUGCAGCCGGUGGACAUCGACCCGGCCAGCAUCAAGAAGCCCCGCCGCCGCAACGUGCGCAUCAGCGACGACCCGCAGAGCGUGGCGGCGCGACUGCGGCGGGAGAGGAUCAGCGAGCGGAUCCGCAUCCUGCAGCGCCUGGUCCCAGGAGGCACCAAGUUGGACACCGCCUCCAUGCUCGACGAGGCCAUCCGCUACGUCAAGUUUCUCAAGAGACAGGUCCACCAGCUGCAGUCCUUCACUCAUAACAACCCCCCUCCGUUCCUCGUCGGAGGCGGCGGCGCCUCCUCUUCCUCCUCCUCCAUAGCACUGCCUCCUCCUCCUCCUCCUCCUCCCCCCGGGUUAGGCGGCUUUGCCUUCCAUGAUCCCACCCACUAAGGACUGAUCAAUAUAGAUUAUCUAGUAAUUUUACGAAUAUUAUUUGUGUUACAAAUUAAUGUACAAGAAUCAACCAACACAUGAAAUAAGGAUUUGGGUAAUAUAAU